AUGGAAGUCAUCCAGGAACUCCACGAUGCUGUGUCCAAAGCCUGUGAGGCCUCGUUCGACAAAGCGUAUUGUCAGCUGAGAUCACAACUUGAGACACAAGCCAAAGAGGCAGAGAUCAGGGACACGGCAGCUAUCGAGGCGCAGCGCAAAGCAGAUCUCGUGAUCAAUGACCUUCGCCAUGAUAUCACCCUCCUUCAAAACGAGUUGAAGCAACAUGAAGUGGAUUCACAAGACCCUGAGCUUCCCAGGCAGUAUGCCAAUCUCAAGGCUGAUUUCGACCCCAUCAAUCUGUGGGGGGACACCAUGGAAGAUGGCCAUCUUCAAACCCAAAAGGCACGUAAACGAUUCGAGGAAAAAUACGUUGCACUCUACACCAAUUUACAGACUUUCAUCGAGUCUUGGAGUGGUCUCAAACGACAGGUAUUACGGCACAAGGAGAAAUUGCUGCAAUGGGAUCAGCAACUGAAGCGAGAUGAAUUUACGCUCCUUCUCAACGGGCGAAAGGUCAAAUACCGUAAAGUACAAGGGCCUGGCCCUGAGGGCUCGGGCAAGAUGGACUCACCAACGACUCGGAGAUCGCUGGGGAAACGGCCCAGGGAUGAAGACCCAGAUCUGCCUGCCAAAUCCUUCAAGCCGUCACCAAGACAAGCCCGCCAUAAUGAGACGGAGGCGACAAAGAACGCCAUGGAAGAUGAUCACCCGCCGAACAAUUCCCUAGCUUCAGAGCUGGCCUCUACCCAAUCUAGCUCCCCUGGACCUCAGAUGGAAACUUUGGGGUCCCCUGACACCAUACGCUCAAUAUCUAACAACAAAAUACAAGAAAGAAGACAUGCACCUUCUCCCACGCUUCCCCGAAAGUUACACUCACAGAGUCAACAACUUAAUGCUGUGACCAAGCACCCUGUGCAUAUCAAGAAGGAGGCCAUGUCCUCCAGUCCAAUCCGCACUGCAUCAAAUUUCAGCGAUCAUCCAUUUGUGGGUACGCAAGACCUUGAUGACAUAGGAGAGACGGUACAAACGCCCACGAAACGAAAACCUCACCGGGAUGUCCACGUGGCAAACUCCAAGAGCUUGGGGGAGAACACAGAUCAGACACACUACUUUGGUAGAGACAGAUCUGGUCAACAGACAUAUGAUCAGGCCUCUGUUCUUCAAGCAGUUGACAACAAUACGCGCCUGUCCACUGGCUCUCACCGAACGCCUUCCACGAAACGCAGUGAGGACCUAGAGCGGCGCGCAAUACCUUCCGUGGCAGAAGACGGUGAUACCGUGGCACCGGUGCGGAAACCUCUGAUAGCUAAUCCCGGUACCAAUCGUGGGCCAUCGGAGGUAAAACCCCCUGGCACGAUGGCUCAGAGACGCCUAGAAGACUUGCUUGAGCGUUCCACCCCCUCCAGGUCACCUUUGAAACCCUCAAAACAUGGCCCUAGUGCAAGCUCAAUCCAGGCAGAUGUCAUGUCCGGGCAUGACCAUGGAAGAUCCAUGGCAGCUCGCGAAGCGACCCCCGAAGUGGACCCCGACGAUGAGCCAUAUCGGGCGAUGCCUCUCAGCGUUCUUGGCUUGGGUCAUUUCAAAAUCAAUCCCGCAAGAAAUGAAGGACUCGACUUUGCCUAUGGCUCGGUUGUUCGAAAGAAAGAUGACCGAAAGUGUAUCUCGGGGUGUACUCGACCUGGAUGUUGUGGAGAUAGAUUCCGGGCUAUGGCCCGCCUUGGAGGUCUUCCUGGCAAUUCCGGGGCAGAACAAGAGAAAGCAGACGCCGAGCUGCUACGCGAAUUUGUUGGGGAAAACACACAGCUGCUUGAUACUCUGAGCGACCAGGAACGUGGGGAUCUUUUGAUUGAAGCCAGAGCCAGAGCCCUGGCCAAUCAGUAUGGACGGCAUAGACAUAUUCACCAGCGUGCACAGUCGCCUCCUGGCUUUUGGCGAACCGAUAUGCCCAGUACACAGGAGGAGGAACUCGACCGAACCGCCGCUAAAGAAUUGGAACGGGAGAAAGUAGAGGAGCGAUAUCGUGAAGCCAUGCGCCCCGGGGGUUUAUGGAUCUUUGCAGAUGAGUAG